AUGGUCCUACUUGAAGCCUUGGACAACUACAUGCCCCCUAUGAAGUGGCUUUUAGGUAGCAGGUAUACAGUGCAGUCCCCCAUUCGCAGCAGGCUUGCAUCACCUCCCCUUUUUUCACUCAUUUCUUUUUAUUCAUCCCCUUUUCUUUCUCCUCCCUCUUUCCGACACCCCAGCCCAGAGGUCUAACUCAGAGGUCUAGCUCUCUUCAUGUCUUUCAGAUGUGUAAAAGCUGGUUGCUUCGAUGUCUCUCUCUCUCUCUCUCUCUUCUCUCUCUCUCUCUCUCUCUCUCUGGUCAAUUUAACUGCAGCUACAGCUCGUUUGAGGCUACUCACUCUCUUCUCCUCUCUCUACUGUUCUCUCUCCGUUUCAGGUCAGUUUCUCAAUGGCAGCUAUUGCUCCUUCGAGGACGGUGAGUGCGGAUGGCAGCCAAUUGCAGCCAAGGGAACCUCUUGGAGGCGUGUUCGCACCCUGCCAAAGAGGGUGCGGCCUAGCUGUCCAUCAUCCUCAGGUGAAUCAUCAGUGCUUUUUAAAGACGUCAUCGCUUAAAUCGAUAUAUAUACACUGACUGUACAAAACAUUAAGAACACCUGCUCUUUCCAUGACCAGGUGAAUCCAGGUGAAAGCUAUGAUCCCUUAUUGAUGUCACUCAUUAAAUCCACUUUAAUCAGUGUAGAUGAAGGGGAAGGAGACAGGUUAAAGAAGGAUUUUAAAGUCUUGAGACAAUUGACACAUGGAUUGUGUACGUGUGCCAUUCAGAGGGUGAAUGGGCAAGACAAAAUAUUUAAGUGUCUUUGAACGGGGUAUGGUAGUAGGUGCCAAGCGCAAUGGUUUGUGUCAAGGACUGCAACUGUUGCUGGGUUUUCCCCGCUCAACAGUUUCCUGUGUCUAUCAAGAAUAGUCCACCGCCCAAAGGACUUCCAGCCAACUUAACACAACUGUGGGAAGCUUUGGAGUCAACAUGGCCCAUUGAAGUCAACAUUGGAGUCCAUGCCCCGAUGAAUUGAGGCUGUUCUGAGGGCAAAAUGGGGUAGUGCAACUCAAUAAUAGGAAGGUGUUCCUAAUGUUUGGUAUACUCAGUGUUUUGUCACUGAUAUCAAUCAUAUAGGCCCUGUCCACAACCCAUAGCUACCCCAACGCACUCUGUUACCCCUUAAGACGUCCGCAUGCUUCCCAGCCGAAACAGUUUGAUAGAGUUUGUGCAUAUAUUAUGACGGCAUUUUGUGAUGUUUUUGUUCGUUUUGGACUUUGGUGAGGGUUUUUCGGCUGUUCGGGUACACAGCAUUUUUUCUUGAGGCAACCCGAAGUUUGGAGCCUAAGUCUACGCCCCUUCGUCGGUGAUUUGUCAACAGUAUUGAUUCUUCAAUAAAGUCUUAGUUUUCAUUCAAUGAGAGACGACUUGUUUUCAUGCAAAAAUCCUGCACCAAAUGUCUUAGAUGUAAAAUUGCUUAUACUAAGAUCUCUUCGGCAAAAAUGUCAAAAUUAAUGACCAAUUUCUUGAGUUAUCUUAGAUUAAUUCUUACAAUUUUGAGGAAGUGUAUACUGGCUACAGUGUCUCAAAAUGGACAAACUACCAUUGUCGCUUCUUUGUCAUUUUCCAAGCGAAGUUCUUUUAAGGGAGUAUGCGAGCACACUCGUUCGUUUCGGCUAGCCGAGUUCGGCUAGGCGCCAACCAAAAUGAAAGCAUGCUGAAGCCUUUAGGCACUUGUGUACAGACGCUGUAUCUUAAUUUGACACAGUUUCUCACAGCAGGAAAAUAAUCCUGCAGCAACAGUCCAUUUUCAUUAUUAUGUGGAUUUUAAUUAAAGGACAUUUUUUGUAGGGGUUGAUACAUAUUUUGUUAUGGCAAAUCAAGUCUGUAAAGAGGAAAUUACAAACUCUAGAAACCUUUUUAAACCUUGAAUACACUACAAGUUUGAAACAGUAUGAUCAAAUUAAGAUACAGCAUCUGUAGAUCUGAAAGGACUGGAUAGAUCUAGGUAUUAUGUGGAAAUAUUAUUCAAAAAGGAUAAAGCUAAACCAUAUUGCUUCUACCGAUCCAGUUCUUUCAAUUCUGUCAAUGGAAUAUGGACAAUGGGUUGUUUCUGGAUGUAGUAGUCUUCUUACUGUAUGCUUUCAGUGGCUGUAAUGCAAUGUAAGGCUUAUGGGUCAUUCCACCAAUUCAGUGCCUUUUCAGAAGUGUAACUUUACAUUCUGUCAUAAAGAGCACAUGUUCCAAUUCAUAAAAAACACAUUUUCCCAUCUCAAGAUAAUAAACAUUACUAUAUUAAGUGCUAAAUAAUGUAACAGGGUUGACCGUAAAAGGGUUGUAGAUUUAAUCUUAAAUCAGCCAUAAAUCCCCUCGUGACGGGGAAUAGACAACUGGGAGUGGCAAUCGAAUGCAAUUUUUGCUUCACAAAAAAAUAUAAAAUUGCCUAGAUAUUUAUAGCCUGUCUAUCUAUGGAUAACAGGGUUGACUUGUUAUACUCAACCCAUUUUCCACCACAAAACUGGCCAAAAAGAGUAGUACCAGUUCACCUGCUUUUACACUCUGAUUUCACUAUUAUAUGUUCAAUGUUUAUUUUGAAAAAUAUAUAUAUUUAAAAAGCAAUAGUUUCAACAUAUUAAAACAAGAGUUCAGUUCACGUAACAGGAUUCACCUUAAAAUGAGGGACAGACGUAAAUGAAUCACUAAUCACAUGAAAUAAAUAAUAAUCUUCAGAAAUUGCUUUGUCAAAGCAACAAAGAUAACUAGGGCUUUACAAAGAUGGUGAAACAUUUGGGGAUUUAGUGGGUUGAAAUCUUCCUAGAAGUGACAGGGUUGACUGAGGGACAUGUCAAAAUACUGAAUUUUGCUACUUUAGCAAGCAUGCAUUCAUAUAGAAAUAUGCUUUAUUGAAUUCUCCACGUGGUCUAUAUUAAAGGGCACUUCAUUUAAUAUAACAGGCUUUUAAAACGCAAAAGGCACCCAUUUUGUGGAACGACCCCUAUACUGUAUGCUCUAAGGCAAAAUCAUAUUGGCAUAACAGAGAUAACACAGCCUCUGAUUUUAUGGUACAUGUACACUGGAACUUUGUUAUAUCCCCAACAUAUUUCAUAGAAGCUUGUAAAAUCUUGUCGUGAAAAAGCAAAGCACAGAUAUUUAACGGAUUUCUGUGUGAUUGUUUCUUUAUUUGCGUGUGUGGUGUGUGUGUAUGUUCCAGGUGCCAUGUUCAGUGUGGAUGGAGGACAGUCCAAGGGUCAGCAGGGGUCAGCGUAUCUCAGGAGCCCUCUCUUCCCCCCUCCCCUACGGAACUCUCCAUGUGAGGUGAGAGCAAAGGAGUCUUAUUUUUCUCUCUCUCACUCUCCCACACACACACACACAUACAUACAUACAUACAGAGAGAGAGAGAGAGAUAAAUACACAGCAGACACUCACAGACAGGCAGACAGAAAGACACACACACACACACACACACACACACACACACACACAAAGCCCUCCUGUUGUAUGCAGAUGUGGUCUUUUAAGUCUAAGCAACCAGACUUACACACCGGGUGUGUCCCAAAUGGCACCUUAUUUCCUUUACAGUGCACUACUUUUGACCAAAUCAAAUCAAAUCAAAUUUUAUUGGUCACAUGCGCCGAAUACAACAGGUGCAGACAUUACAGUGAAAUGCUUACUUACAGCCCUUAACCAACAGUGCAUUUAUUUUAAACAAAAAAAGUAAGAAUAAAACAACAACAAAAAAAGUGUUGAGAAAAAAAGAGCAGAAGUAAAAUAAAGUGACAGUAGGGAGGCUAUAUAUACAGUAAAAUAAAGUGACAGUAGGGAGGCUAUAUAUACAGGGGGGUACCGUUGCAGAGUCAAUGUGCGGGGGCACCGGCUAGUUGAGGUAGUUGAGGUAAUAUGUACAUGUGGGUAGAGUUAAAGUGACUAUGCAUAAAUACUUAACAGAGUAGCAGCAGCGUAAAAAGGAUGGGGUGGGGGGGCAGUGCAAAUAGUCCGGGUAGCCAUGAUUAGCUGUUCAGGAGUCUUAUGGCUUGGGGGUAGAAGCUGUUGAGAAGUCUUUUGGACCUAGACUUGGCACUCCGGUACCGCUUGCCGUGCGGUAGCAGAGAGAACAGUCUAUGACUAGGGUGGCUGGAGUCUUUGACAAUUUUGAGGGCCUUCCUCUGACACUGCCUGGUAUAGAGGUCCUGAAUGGCAGGGAGCUUUGCCCCAGUGAUGUACUGGGCCGUACGCACUACCCUCUGUAGUGCCUUGCGGUCAGAGGCCAAGCAGUUGCCAUACCAGGCGGUGAUGCAACCAGUCAGGAUGCUCUCGAUGGUGCAGCUGUAGAAUUUUUUGAGGAUCUGAGGACCCAUGCCAAAUCUUUUUAGUCUCCUGAGGGGGAAUAGGCUUUGUCGUGCCCUCUUCACGACUGUCUUGGUGUGUUUGGACCAUGAUAGUUCGUUGGUGAUGUGGACACCAAGGAACUUGAAGCUCUCAACCUGUUCCACUACAGCCCCGUCGAUGAGAAUGGGGGCGUGCUCAGUCCUCUUUUUUUUCCUGUAGUCCACAAUCAUCUCCUUUGUCUUGGUCACGUUGAGGGAGAGGUUGUUGUCCUGGCACCACACGGCCAGAUCUCUGACCUCCUCCCUAUAGGCUGUCUCAUCGUUGUCGGUGAUCAGGCCUACCACUGUUGUGUCGUCGGCAAACUUAAUGAUGGUGUUGGAGUCGUGCCUGGCCAUGCAGUCAUGGGUGAACAGAGAGUACAGGAGGGGACUGAGCACGCACCCCUGAGGGGCCCCCGUGUUGAGGAUCAGUGUGGCAGAUGUGUUGUUACCUACCCUUACCACCUGGGGGCGGCCCGUCAGGAAGUCCAGGAUCCAGUUGCAGAGGGAGGUGUUUAGUCCCAGGAUCCUUAGCUUAGUGAUGAGCUUAGAGGGCACUAUGGUGUUGAAUGCUGAGCUGUAGUCAAUGAAUAGCAUUCUCACGUAGGUGUUCCUCUUGUCCAGGUGGGAAAGGGCAGUGUGGAGUGCGAUAGAGAUUGCAUCAUCUGUGGAUCUGUUGGGGCGGUAUGCAAAUUGGAGUGGGUCUAGGGUUUCUGGGAUUAUGCUGUUGAUGUGAGCCAUGACCAGUCUUUCAAAGCACUUCAUGGACCAGAGCCCUAUGUAGGGAAUAGGGUGCAAUUUGGGACAGCGACAGAAAGUGUGUAUUAGCACACAGAGCACAAACAAAAAUAUGAAUGAAUGGACAGACAAAAUUAUGUAAGAUAGGAGAGUCUGGAAACAAACAGACACACUGUGAAUAAAUAUAGAGUAGUUAUUAAUAAUGGCAGUAUUGAUGAAUGACUGAACAUUCAUUUUUAGAUAUAAUAAGCAGACUUCUCCUUACUUCAGUAAAUUAAUUAAUCUGAUGGAUAGUUGAAUAUCUUGGUGCAUUGUAUCUUCAUUUAACUCUUAGUUUACCUUGUAAGCUGCCUAAAAACACAUAGACAGACAGACAGAUAGACGCACGCACACACAAGCACACACGCACACAUUUACACUGAACUGGGAAGAGCUGCAGUGGACAGGUGAGGAGGAGCGAAAGUGAAUGCUGGGGGCAAUGCCAUUUCUUUAUUAAUUUAUUGAAUUCAAAUGUAUUUCCUGAAUUGACAGAAGUUCGAUCCCAACCCUGAUAGUGGUGGUUUAGCAAGAGAUCAUAAAUAAAGUUGGUGACAUUUCCCAGGGAUAGGAUUUCCAGACACGAGGUCAACCCAAUCAAUAAACAUAUGUGGCAGGGUCUACAGACAAUCACGGAUUACAAAGGGCAAACCAGACACCGAUGUCUUGCUCCCAGACAAGCUAAACACCUUCUUCGCACGCUUUGAAGAUAAUAUAGUUCCACAGACGCGGCCCGCUCCCAAGGACUGCUCUCAUUCUCCGUGGCCGGCGUGAGUAAGAUGUUUAAGCAUGUUAACCCUCGCAAGGCUGCCGGCCCAGACGGCAUCCCUAGCAGCGUCCUCAGAGCAUGCGCAGACCAGCUGGCUGGAGUGUUUACGGACAUAUUCAAUCUCUCCCUAUCCCAGUCUGCUGUCCACACUUGCUUCAAGAUGUCCACCAUUGUUCCUGUACCCAAGAAAGUAGAGGUAACUGAACUAAAUGAUUAUCGCCCCGUAGCACUCACUUCUGUCAUCAUGAAGUGCUUUGAGAGGCUAGUUAAAGAUCAUAUCACCUCUACCUUACCUGACACUCUAGACCCACUUCAAUUUGCUUACCGCCCCAAUUGAUCCACAGAUAAUGCAAUCGCCAUCGCACUGCACACUGUCCUAUCCCAUCUGGACAAGCGGAAUACCUACGUCAGAAUGCUGUUCAUUGACUAUAGCUCAGCCUUCAACACCAUAGUACCCUCCAAGCUAAUCAUUAACCUCGGGGCUCUGGGUCUGAACCCGGAAACAACACCUCCACUUUGCUGAUCCUCAACACAGGGGCCCCACAAGGGUGCGUGCUCAGCUGCCUCCUGUACUCCCUGUUCACCCAUGAAUGCAUGGCCACGCACGCCUCCAACUCAAUCAUCAAGUUUGCAGACGACACAACAGUAGUAGGCCUGAUUACCAACAAUGAUGAGACAGCCUACAGGGAGGAGGUGAGGGCCCUGGCGGAGCGGUGCCAGGAAAAUAACCUCUCCCUCAACGUCAACAAAACGAAGGAGCUGAUCGUGGACUUCAGGAAACAGCAGAGGGAGCACGCCCCUAUCCACAUCGACGGGACCGCAGUGGAGAAGGUGGAAAGCUUCAAGUUCCUCGGCGUACACAUCACUGACAAUCUGAAAUGGUCCAACCACACAGACAGUGUGCUGAAGAAGCCGCAACCUCAGGAGCCUGAAGAAAUUCGUCUUGGCCCCUAAACUUUUACGGAUGCACAAUUGAGAGCAUCCAGUCGGGCUGUAUCACCGCCUGGUACGGCAACUGCACCGGCCGCAACCGCAGGGCUCUCCAGAGGGUGGUGCAGUCUGCCCAACGCAUCACCAGGGGCACACUACCUGCCCUCCAGGACACAUACAGCACCCGAUGUCACAGGAAGACCAAAAAUAUCAAAUCAAAUCAAAUUGUAUUUGCCACAUGCGCCGAAUACAACAGGUGUAGACCUUACAGUGAAAUGCUUACAUACAAGCCCUUAACCAACAAUGCAGUUUUAAGAAAAAAAUAGAUAAGUAAAAAUAAAAAAAUAUUAAAGAGCAGCAGUAAAAUAAAAUAACAGUAGGGAGGCUAUAUACAGGGGGUACUGGUACAGAGUCAAUGUGAGGGGUCACCGGUUAGUCGAGGUAAUUGAGGUAAUAUGUACAUGUGGGUAGAGUUAAAGUGACCAUACAUAGAUGAUAAACAGAGUAGCAGCAGCGUAAAAGAGGAGGUGGGGUGGGGUGUGGAGGACAAUGCAAAUAGUCUGGGUAGCCAUUAGCUGUUUAGGAGUCUUAUGGCUUGGGGUAGAAGCUGUUAAGAAGCCUUUUGGACCUAGACUUGGUGCUCCGGUACCGCUUGAGAACAGUCUAUGACUAGGGUGGCUGGAGUCUUUGACAAUUUUUAGGGCCUUCCUCUGACACCGCCUGGUAUAGAGGUCCUGGAUGGCAGGAAGCUUGGCCCCAGUGAUGUACUGGACCGUACGCAUUACCCUCUGUUGUGUAGAUGCUCUCGAUGGUGCAGCUGUAUAACUUUUUGAGGAUCUGAGGACCCAUGCGAAAUCUUUUCAGUCUCCUGAGGGGGAAUAGGCUUCGUCGUGCCCUCUUCACGACUGUAUUGGUGUGUUUGGACCAUGAUAGUUUGUUGGUGAUGUGGACACCAAGGAACUUGAUACUCUCAACCUGUUCCACUACAGCCCCGUCGAUGAGAAUGGGGGCGUGCUCAGUCCUCUUUUUUUUCAUGUAGUCCACAAUCAUCUCCUUUGUCUUGAUCACGUUGAGGGAGAGGUUGUUAUCCUGGCACCACACAGCCAGGUCUCUGACCUCCUCCCUAUAGGCUGUCUCAUCGUUGUCAGUGAUCAGGCCUACCACUGUUGUGUCGUCGGCAAACUUAAUGAUGGUGUUGGAGUCGUGCCUGGCCAUGCAGUCAUGGAUGAACACGGAGUACAGGAGGGGACUGAGCACGCAAAGCUGUGACCGAGAGACUGAAAAACAGCUUCUAUCUCAAGGCCAUCAGACUGUUAAAUAGGCAUCACUAACCGGCUACCACCCGGUUACUCAACCCUGCAGCUUAGAGGCUGCUGCCCUAUGUACAUAGUCAUGGAAUCACUGGUCACUUUAAUAAUGUUUACAAACUGCUUUACUCAUUUCAUAUGUAAAGUGGGGGAAAAAAGUAUUUAGUCAGCCACCAAUUGUGCAAGUUCUCCCACUUAAAAAGAUGAGAGAGGCCUGUAAUUUUCAUCCUAGGUACACGUCAACUAUGACAGACAAAAUGAGAAAAGAAAAUCCAGAAAAUCACAUUGUAGGAUUUUUUAUGAAUUUAUUUGCAAAUUAUGGUGGAAAAAAAGUAUUUGGUCAAUAACAAAAGUUUCUCAAUACUUUGUUAUAUACCCUUUGUUGGCAAUGACACAGGUCAAACGUUUUCUGUAAGUCUUCACAAGGUUUUCACACACUGUUGCUGGUAUUUUGGCCCAUUCCUCCAUGCAGAUCUCCUCUAGAGCAGUGAUGUUUUGGGGCUGUCGCUGGGCAACACAGACUUUCAACUCCCUCCAAAGAUUUUCUAUGGGGUUGAGAUCUGGAGACUGGCUAGGCCACUCCAGGACCUUGAAAUGCUUCUUACGAAGCCACUUCUUCGUUGCCCGGACGGUGUGUUUGGGAUCAUUGUCAUGCUGAAAGACCCAGCCACGUUUCAUCUUCAAUGCCCUUGCUGAUGGAAGGAGGUUUUCACUCAAAAUCUCACGAUACAUGGCCCCAUUCAUUCUUUCCUUUACACGGAUCAGUCGUCCUGGUCGCUUUGCAGAAAAACUGCCCCAAAGCAUGAUGUUUCCACCCCCAUGCUUCACAGUAGGUAUGGUGUUCUUUGGAUGCAACUCAGCAUUCUUUGUCCUCCAAACACGACGAGUUGAGUUUUUACCAAAAAGUUCUAUUUUGGUUUCAUCUGACAUUCUCCCAAUCCUCUUCUGGAUCAUCCAAAUGCACUCUAGCAAACUUCAGAUGGGCCUGGACAUGUACUGGUCCUCUGUAGCUCAGCUGGUAGAGCACGGCGCUUGUAACGCCAAGGUAGUGGGUUCGAUCCCCGGGACCACUCAUACACAAAAAAUGUAUGCACGCAUGACUGUAAGUCGCUUUGGAUAAAAGCGUCUGCUAAAUGGCUUAUUAUUAUUAUUAUUAUUACUGGCUUAAGCAGGGGGACACGUCUGGCACUGCAGGAUUUGAGUCCCUGGUGGCGUAGUAUGUUACUGAUGGUAGGCUUUGUUACUUUGGUCCCAGCUCUCUGCAGGUCAUUCACUAGGUCCCCCUGUGUGCUUCUGGGAUUUUUGCUCACCGUUCUUGUGAUCAUUUUGACCCCACGGGGUGAGAUCUUGCGUGGAGCCCCAGAUCGAGGGAGAUUAUCAGUGGUCUUGUAUGUCUUCCAUUUCCUAAUAAUUGCUCCCACAGUUGAUUUCUUCAAACCAAGCUGCUUACCUAUUGCAGAUUCAGUCUUCCCAGCCUGGUGCAGGUCUACAAUUUUGUUUCUGGUGUCCUUUGACAGCUCUUUGUUCUUGGCCAUAGUGGAGUUUGGAGUGUGACUGUUUGAGGUUGUGGACAGGUGUCUUUUAUACUGAUAACAAGUUCAAACAGGUGCCAUUAAUACAGGUAACGGGUGGAGGACAGAGGAGCCUCUUAAAGAAUAAGUUACAGGUCUGUGAGAGCCAGAAAUCUUGCUUGUUUGUAGGUGACCAAAUACUUAUUUUCCACCAUAAUUUGCAAAUAAAUUCAUAAAAAAUCCUACAAUGUGAUUUUCUGGAUUUUUUUUCUCUCAAUUUGUCUGUCAUAGUUGACGUGUACCUAUGAUGAAAAUUACAGGCCUCUCUCAUCUUUUUAAGUGGGAGAACUUGCACAAUUGGUGGCUGACUAAAUACUUUUUUGCCCCACUGUAUAUACUGUAUUCAACUGUAUUUUAGUCAAUGCCACAUUGCUCUUCCUAAUAUUUAAAUAUUUCUUAAUUCCAUUAUUUUACUUUUAGAUUUGUGUAUUGUUGGGAAUUGUUAGAUACUACUGCACUGCUAGGAACACAAGCAUUUCGCUACACCCACAAUAGCAUCUGCUAAAUAUGUGUACGUGACCAAUACAAUUUGAUUUGAUUUGAUAAGGGGCCGUGCCUGUCAAUCAGAUGACAAAAAUAUAUAACAGGGAUUUGGAAUGCAUUAUUCUUGCUUUAUUGGUCAGAGGGGUUGUCAGUCAGGUCGAUACAGGGUGAGUCCAUGGUUUUAAAAGUUUGCCUCUUGAUAGGUGUCUGUCUGGCAUGUGGGCCAAUAUCGUAUUUAGAGGUUACUACGGUGUCCAUAUUAGGACAGCAUCAAUGUAUUUACACCACUUAGCACUUUCACCUUUGACCUUGUGUAUGUGGGAGGAGGGUUAGGUCUGUUGGAAAUGAAGAGCUAGAGUGAGAGUGAACAGGAGAGACAGAGGAGUGUGUGGAUGAGCACAGCUAGACAGAGAGAGAGAGGAAGAGAUAGAAAAGAGAAACAGAGAGGGGGUUCAGCUGAGGAGAGACAUAGACAGAGUAGGGGAUACACUAGGUCCGGGACGUUACCAGUAUUGUGAUACUCGUUAGUGUCGUGACAAGGAAAUAAAACACGAAGUAGAUUAACUUCUUUAGGAAAACAGCCCUAAUGUUGGAAACAAACACCAUUAUGUCGUCAUCCAGAGUCACAUGUAUUUAUUUUGCAAGCUAUAGCACACAAUAUCUUACAUACAACAGGUUUUUAAAGGACCAAAGAAUUUGGCCCACUCUGUGUUUACAUUUUUCCCAUGGAAUUUUUUUUUGCAAUACGGGUAUCAUCGCAGAUAUAGGAUACACAGGGAGAGAAUCUAUGGGAGACAGAAAACGGAAAAAGGGAAUAAAGAAUGUGAAAGAGGGGAGAGAGGGGGACAUAAAGUGGGCCUCUGAGCGACAGCUACUGAGAUAGGUCUGAAGUAAAGUUCAGUCCUAUAACAGUGCCUAAAGCUACAGUCCAGCUAGCCGCAGUCAGUUGUUCCUUGGCACUGACCCAAAGAUUAGCCAUGAUUCCAGAUUAGCACCUCAAUCUCUCUCCUUACACGACCCUGAGCUGUCCAAUGUACCCUACCUGCCUGCCUGUCUGCUUUGUCUGCCGCAGGACCCAAUCUCAAGAGUAGAUUGACUUGGGCAUUAGUAGCAGAUCAUGUCCAUCUCCAAGUAAUGCCGGGCAAAUACGGUUUGACUUCUAUAAUCUUGAUGUCAGGGAACUUCUCACAGUUUCUCAAAGGUGAAAUCUGGAUCAUUUACUAUUAAGUGAGUGAGUACACUGUGAUAGAAGACCUUGAACUACACAUUGAAAUUAUAGUUAGCAUUUAGACGGGAGUAAUGUUGUUCCGUUAGAUUGAGAAAAAUAUGAGCAAUAUGAAUAGGGAACUUUGUACGGCCUGGUGUACAGCUGAGACGAUUGAUGAAUAUGUAAUAACUUUAAUUAAAGAAAACUGCCCCUACAGUUUUAUCAAGUGCAAUGUUUAGACCCAAAUGUCUUCCCUGAAGUUCUGGCUGGAGGAAAGCCUUUCCGGUCAAAAUGUUGCACUUAAGCUACAGCUUAAGCCCUGUAGCUCAGUUGGAAGAGCAUGGCGCUUGCAACGCCAGGGUUGUGGGUUCGUUUCCCACGGGGGGCCAGUAUGAAAAAUCUAUGCACUCACUGACUGUAAGUCGGUCUGGAUAAGAGCGUCUGCUAAAUGACUAAAAUGUAAAAUUUUAAUAACACUGUGGGAACAUUCAACAGAGUGCGGGUGUCUAUCUUCAUGACUUUUUGUUCCCUGCACCUGCAAGUAACUGGAUGUGCGUACGCUACUUCUAAGCUAGUAAUUAUGGCAAUAUAUAACAUCACCAUCUGAUGAUUUCGGAUGUCAAUGUGUGUCUCAGUUAAGUCCUAUUCAAGUCCUAUUCAGACUCAUAAUAUAACGUGACUUUUGUGAUUUUCCCAACAGGUACGGUUCUGGAUGUGUUCCGGAGGUGGCCAGAGGUGGGCGCUAUCUUUGUGGCUGGUGGAGAACAGCACGGGACCAGAGGAGCAGCGCAGACUGUGGCACUCUGCCAGCGGGCCCAAGACUGAGAGAGGCUGGAGACUCAUUAUGCUUCCUCUCUACGGACUUGUUGACUGGUACGGCGAAUCAAGUUGCUCCAUUGACAGACUGACAAGUGAUUUGGCCAAUCACGGCCUUAGGAAAAACAGAGUGCAGUGUAUGAAUAUGUAACAGGGUCAAAAUGGGGCACUGCUUCAUUAGAUUGUGAGAUCAUAGAAUCAUGCUACAUUUGAAACAUGCACCACGUCAAAGCAUAAAAGAACCAGGAAGAAAGAAAAUACAUAUCGCCUGUCAGGUUCAAAGACACAGUAAUGAAUAGCUUUUUUCUUCAGUUCUUCCUUCAAAAUGCACAUUUUCAGCAUUUACAUUCCAUUUUAAGAUAACCCUCAGUUUCACCAUGCAAAGUUAAUGAAUCCCAAUGGGUCUACUUGCCUUAUCCUACGGGCAUGCAGUGAGUUCACUAUUCUCCUUGUCGCUCACUGUAUCACAUUUUUUUUUUAAACAGGGUAGUAAAAAUCGAUACAGAGACCUCCAUUCAUCCUCCUUUUCCUCCAAUUAGCUAUGGCACUUAAUUUUUCAGUUCUUCAGUGUGAGGAGCUGAAAUAAUAAAAAUGAAAAAAGAAUGAAACAAACAAAAACCUGGACGACUUGUUUCAUCUCGGUGUGCUUGAUUGGGCUCUCUUUAUCGUCUGAGCCGAGCUAAUCCUGGUCCUCAGAGAGUGAUACAAUUUUUAUUCCCGGUUUUAUGGAGUUUGCUCUGCUCACAUUCUUAAUUAAAAUGUGUGUCCUUGCGCCUUGUGAACUCGUCCGGAUUCGAGGUACGACCUUCAGUCGGGAUCUCUGAAAUAUAGGCAGAGAAAUAGUCGUCAGAUAAAGGUGAGGUUUAAGUAGAACAUGUGGACGUUGGUGGGCAGUGAAGGGCAGUAUAGAAGUAGAUGAGGGCCAAAAUGUUUUGGGAGUUGAGUUAGGAGUUACUUUUUUGACCUUUUGAGCAAUAUGAAUGAAGACCAGCACUGCCAAAUUAUUCUCAAUAAGGAGUCACGAUGGAUGCAUUUCGACCAUGAAGUCUUAAUUGACCUUUUCUAGGAAGAACAUUUCCAAAUUGGUCUUGAUUUUGAUAGGAUUUUGUUCCAUAACAACAACAAGUCGAAAGUUUGGACACGCCAACUAAUUCCAACUAAUUGUUUUGAUGUCUUCACUAUUAUUCUACAAUGUAGAAAAUAGUAAAAAUAAAGAAAAACCCUUGAAUGAGUAAGUGUGUCCAAACUUUUGAAUGGUGGUGUAUGUGGAUGUCAAAUAGCAGUAGGUAAAAGUCACUGUGACUUGGGGAAAUGUUUUUUUUUAUUUAUUCGUCAUUCUAACAAUGCAAAUAGAACUCUGUGUGGCACACAUGCCUGGUAAAAUAGGUAAUUCAAGGUCUAGUAGAUCCGUACAUUCAGUAUAGGGUCACAGUCAUGUAAACUGUGGUCUUUGUGGUCAUGCAUCAGUAUUCUGUCUAUUUGCAGUUUCUAAUAGAACACUAUUAUGACAUGUUCUACUGUAGUACUGGCGUAAAACUCAUUAUAUAGGUUGUGAUCAACACUGUUAUUUUUGAAGUAAACUCAGCAAAAAAAGAAACGUCCUCUCACUAUCAACUGCAUUUAUUUUCAGCAAACUUAAAAUGUGUAAAUAUUUGUAUGAACAUUACAAGAUUCAACAACUGAGACAUAAACUGAACAAGUUCCACAGACAUGUGACUAACAGAAAUUGAAUAAUGUGUCCCUGAACAAAGGGGGGGGGGGGGGCAAAAUCAAAAGUAACAGUCAGUAUCUGGUGUGGCCACCAGCUGCAUUAAGUACUGCAGUGCAUCUCCUCCUCAGUUCUUGCUGUGAGAUGUUACCCCACUCUUCCAACAAGGCACCUGCAAGUUCCCGGACAUUUCUGAGGGGAAUGGCCCUAGCCCUCACCCUCUGAUCCAACAGGUCCCAGACAUACUCAAUGGAAUUGAGAUCCGGGCUCUUCGCUGGCCAUGGCAGAACUUUGACAUUCCUGUCUUGCAGGAAAUAACGCACAGAACGAGCAGUAUGGCUGGUGGCAUUGUCAUUCUGGAGGGUCAUGUCAGGAUGAGCCUGCAAGAAAGGUACCACAUGAGGGAGGAGGAUGUCUUCCCUGUAACGCACAGCGUUGAGAUUGCCUGCAAUGACAACAAGCUCAGUCCGAUGAUGAUGUGACACACUGCCCCAGACCAUGACGGACCCUCCACCUCCAAAUCGAUCCCGCUCCAGAGUACAGGCCUCGUUGUAACGGUCAUUCCUUCAACGAUAAACGCGAAUCCAACCAUCACCCCUGGUGAGACAAAACCACGACUCAUCAGUGAAGAGCACUUUUUGCCAGUCCUGUCUGGUCCAGCAAUGGUGGGUUUGUGCCCAUAGGCGACGUUGUUGCCGGUGAUGUCUGGUGAGGACCUGCCAUACAACAGGCCUACAAGCCCUCAGUUCAGCCUCUCUCAGCCUAUUGCGGACAGUCUGAGCAUUGAUGGAGGGAUUGUGCAUUCCUGGUGUAACUCGGGCAAUUAUUGUUGCCAUCCUGUACCUGUCCCGCAGGUGUGAUGUUCGGAUGUACCGAUCCUGUGCAGGUGUUGUUACACAUGGUCUGCCACUGCGAGGAUGAUCAGCUGUCCUCCUGUCUCCCUGUAGCGCUGUCUUAGGCGUCUCACAGUACGGACAUUGCAAUUUAUUGCCCUGGCCACAUCUGCAGUCCUAAGGCACGUUCACGCAGAUGAGCAGGGACCCUGGGCAUCUUUCUUUUGGUGUUUUUCAGAGUCAGUAGAGAGGCCUCUUUAGUGUCCUGUGACCUUAAUUAGUGUCUUAACGACCGUUCCACAGGUGCAUGUUCAUUAAUUGUUUAUGGUUCAUUGAACAAGCAUAGGAAACAGUGUUUAAACCCUUUACAAUGAAGAUCUGUGAAGUUAUUUGGAUUUUACGAAAUAUCUUUGAAAGACAGGGUCCUGAAAAAGGGACGUUUCUUUUUUUGCUGAGUUUAUGUAUUUGUGCUAGUAGAAUAUUUGAGUUAUGUCAUAAAGAAGGAUAAGGCAGUGAUAUCAUGAAUCACAAGAUACUGUUUGGAAGUAUAUCGACACUCAUUAGACAUACUCUAUCUUUGGGCUUGAUUCAAUCCGUAUUGCCGAAGUUCAGCGCUUGAAAUGUAAAGGUCAUUUCCAUUUUUGGUGAAUGCAGUCUCCGCUAUCGCGGAACAAUUGCCAUUCGAUGUAAAUCGUGCUACAACGCGGAACUUCAGCGCUAUGGAUUGAAUCAAGCCCUUUUUCUUAUCCUAGUCUUGAAUGAUACACUUAAGGAAGUAUAUCACCACCGAGAGCAGACAUUCUACAUCUUCCCCUCAUCUCAUAGACUUGAGCGAUGCAGCUUGUGGUCAUUGAUGUAGUGUUCUAUGUCCAGAUUGUCUCUACAGAUAGUCUCUACUGUUCAAAGAUCAGAUUGUGUUUCUCCUCAGGUUCUGGCUCCAGUUCAGCACUGAAAAUGGACCUGGUCCAGGAUCAUCCAUUUGUCUGGAUAACAUCUCCUUCAGUAUGGACUGCUUCCUGGCCUGUGAGUCUUUCAUUGAUAUUCCACAGCACACAGAAUUUGUUAUUUAA